AUGGGAGACAAUAACAAUUCUCAAGGACGUGAUAAAGGUCUUGAAAUGAAGAAGGACAUACGAUGUAUGAUGCUAUCAUCGACGAACUACACUGUAUGGUCGAUGCAAAUGAAAGUGAUGCUUCGUUUAUACGAUGUUUGGGAUACGAUUGAUCCAUGGAGCGAUGAUGCAAAGAAGAACAAUAUGGCGAUUUCUCUAAUCUUUCAAUCAGUCCCGGAAGCGCUAAUAGUUCAGAUAGGAGAACAUGAUACAUCGAAGAAGAUUUGUGAAGCUAUCAAAUCCCGUAACCUAGGUGCUGAUCGCGUGAGAGAAGCGAGGUUACAGACUUUGAUGUCUGAGUUCGACAAACUGAAGAUGGCAGACACAGACACGGUGGAUGACUACGCAUGA